UCCUGCCGCAACCUCAGCUCAGUGUCGGAUUCAUAAUAAACGCGACAGUCUCUCUUUUGCUAGGGUUUACAACGAGGAAGCCACUAUGUUAAGUUUUUGUUAAAAAAUUUGGAAGACAGAUUACUCCUGGACGCGCGGAAAGGGGCAUGCGUAAUAACACAAAGGAGAAGACAAAUACUGGUCAGAUACAUUAUUGCCGUAUUGGAACUAAACAGAGAUGCCUGAAGUUCGGGACCUUUCCGAGGCUCUGCCCGAGAUGUCCAUGGAUCCAAUCACUGGAGUUGGUGUCGUAGCGUCCCGAAGCAGAGCACCAACUGGUUAUGAUGUUGUUUCAACAACAACUGAUGGUUUGGAUGCUGACCUGUGGAAAGAUGGACUUUUUAAGUCUAAAGUUACCCGAUACCUGUGCUUCACCAGAGUAUUCUCAAAGGAAAAUAGCCAUUUAGGAAAUGUUCUUGUUGAUAUGAAGCUGAUCGAUAUAAAGGACACCCUGCCUGUGGGCUUCAUUCCAAUCCAAGAGACUGUUGACACCCAGGAACAGGCAUUCAGGAAGAGGCGACUUUGUAUCAAGUUUAUUCCACGAGACUCUACGGAGGCAGCCAUCUGUGAUAUUCGAAUCCUGGGAAGGUCAAAGCAGGCUCCCCCACAAUACACCUUUAUUGGAGAGCUAAACAACAUGGGUAUCUGGUAUCGUAUGGGUACUGUGCCACGAGCUCGGGACUCCUCUAACACAUCAGCCGUGAAUGACGUCCAGGAUAUGAAUUCUACCUCCACUUCGGGCCCUGUCCCUCCAGUUCCAGUGACUAAGCAUUUUUCCAUGACUCUCCCCGCCACUUUCAGAGGGAAAAACACUACUCGACCAGAUUACGAGCACCAAAACUCCAACCUUUACGCAAUCUCUGGUUUGAUAUUCAGCAUUUCUCUAAAGUUUAAGAUGGCAAUGUGGGUGGUAAUGCUGCUAAAGCAUGAGAAAAUGGAGGUCUAUGAGCAAUUCUAUCAACAUUAGUGAUUGUUACAGUUGUUGUAGAAUCCUGUCUUGUCAUGUUUUUUGUAUGUUAGGUUUGUUGUGCUUUUUAUAGCCUUCAGCUGGGUUUUAGCUUGUAAUUUCUCUGAAUUAAUUGGGCCCUAUUAUUAUAAACCUUGCAGUUUGGCCAUUGGCCUUUGAGAUAGACUGGGUUAAAUUGUGGCUUCCUUCCGAUUCCUAAAAAAAUGACACAUUUUGUGUAGCCAAUUUUUCCAAAACGGACCAAGGCAUCAAGCAAGCCUGUGUAGUGAGUCAUGAAGGAAGGUACUGGUCUACCUCAAGAAGUUGGGGUGGCGUGGCUCAGUGGUAGAGUAGUUGUCCCCCAAACCCAUAGGUUGUGGGUUCAAUUCUCCGCCCUGAUGAACACGCCUAAGUGUCCUUGAGCAAGAUACUGAACCCCACGUUGCUCCUGGUGCUGCGUCACCAGUAGGUGGAUGGUGAGAUAGUGUAAAGCGCUUUGAGCGCCUUGAAAGGUGGAAAAGCGCUAUAUAAGUGUAACACCAUUUAACACCAUUUGUUAAACUGAGCAAGCAUGAUAACUUUCAAAUUUGAGGCUGAAGGCGAGCAUUUGAGUGACGCAAUUUGUCUGCAGCAGCACUUAUUCUUUUAUGUUACUGCAUAAGUUAUUGCAGUGUAGUUAUUGAAAUACAUUUACACUGAAAAUUAUAAACUGGUAAAUUGAUUUUGAGAUUGACAGCACUAUAGAGGUGCAUACCCUGCUUAUUAUGGCUGAAACAGUACUAUUUUCAUUUUACUCACUCCUCAACACUAAAUUUUGGUAUAUUAUUAUUGUUGUAUGUUACUGAUAUGCAUAUUCGUGGAUAUACUGAAUAUCGG